UACCAUUUGUCAGUCGAUCGUUCCUUUCUUCUAACUCACGAGAUCUGUGUCACCUUGUAUUCACUUUUCAUACCUAGGUUUUCUUUUCUUCAUUUCUUGAGUUGUGUACGACGUUACAAUGAGGAAAUCGAAGAGAACUUUCAGAAUGUUCGUUGAGGAGGAGUUAGGCGGAUUCCCACAUUUCGUGGUCUGGGCUGUUCUCGAAUGGAUGCUAAUCAUCUCCCUUUAUCUCGACGGCUUCCUUGCGUUUAUUUCCAACAAAUUCGCAGAUAUCUUUGAAUUAGACCCCCCUUGCGUCCUGUGUACACGUGUCGAUCAUGCUCUUGGCGGGAAGAACAGCCCUACUUCCUAUUACAGUGACUCCAUAUGUGAUUCUCACAAGAAAGACAUAUCGUCCUUGGCGUAUUGUCAUGUUCACAGGAAACUAUCUGAUAUCCGAACCAUGUGUGAUGGUUGUCUUCUCUCCUUGUCAACUGAAAAAGAAUCUGCUUCUGAUAAUCACAAUAAAGAUCAGAAGAUGUUCGCCAAACCCUCCGAGAAGAAGCUUACAGAUAACAACAAAAACGACAACGCGAUCGUUGACACAGAUAGAUGUUCAUGCUGUGGUGAAUCUUUAAAGCCCAAACAACCUUCUAAAGAACUCUCUAGAAACUUUUCAAACCUUCGUGCUUCUUCCCAAAUACCACCGGCUUCUCCACGAGCGUCUGGUUUGUUCCCAACUUCAUCUCCUAGGGCUUCUUCUUUGUUCCCGUCUUCGUCUCCUAGAGCAUCACUCAUGUUUCCAACUUCUUCACCUAGAGCAUCAUCUUCGUUGUUUCCAAAUUCGUCUCCUAGGGCUUUCUCUUCGCUCUUUCCAUCUUCAUCUCCUAGAGCUUCGUCUUCCUUGUUUCCUGCUUCUUCUCCUAGGUUUUCUUCACUAGCACCAAUGGCUUCUCCUAGAGCAGCAUGGAGAAUCGAGGAGGCAGGUAGAAAUUCAGAAUUGUCUCAAGCUCGGUAUACGGAGCUCAGGUUUGUGUCUGAUAACGAACCAGACAUUGCUGAAUAUGACUUUGGAAUGAACACAAAUGCCAAACAUUAUGAAGAAAUGAACGAAAACGCUAUGAAAACACCUAGUCAUAUCAGAGGAAACAAGUUCUUUGGGGUAUCAUUUGCAGAAUCGAUUGAAAGUCCUCGAUGGGCUCAUAAACCUCCCAAAAAAGCUCCAUUAGAGAAAUCCGAUUUGUUUUCAGAAACAACUGAUGAAUCACCAGCCGAUGGCGGUUCAAUUCUCCAGCAACUAAAGAAACAAGUCAGCGACAAUCGAAAAACCCUCGUCACAUUGUACCUUGAACUCGACGAAGAACGGUGCGCCGCCGCGGUUGCCGCCAACAACGCCAUGGCGAUGAUCACACGGUUACAGGCCGAGAAGGCGGCAGUUCAUAUGGAGGCGUUGCAGUACCAGAGAAUGAUGGAUGAACAAGCGGAGUAUGAUGAAGAAGCCAUUCAGAUCCUUAGAGAUUUGUAUCUCAAGAAAGAGGAAGAUGUGAAAGUCUUGGAAACCGAAGUCGAUGUUUAUCGAGCGCGAUACGGAGAAAUUAAGAAGAUGGAUAGCGAUGAAUACGAUGAAUAUUAUGACGAGUUUCACCCUCGAUCUGUUGGCGACCGAUCAGAGUUCAAGAGCGUUGAAGAUGAUCAGAGUGUAGAUGGAAACAGAAAGGGGACCCAUGAGGAAACAUCGGGAAAUUUUGAAACCGAAAGAUCACAUCUUUUUGGAAUGUUGAAGGAAUUUGAAAAUCAUGUUCGUUCGUCUUCACAACGAGAGGAUCAAGAACUGGAAGACAGAGAUACAGGUGAUAACGCCUCAUUUAUGAAAGAGGUGAAUCUAAUGAGGGAGAAAUUGGCUGUCAUUGAAGCGGAGAGUGGAUUCUUGAAGCAAACCGCAAUGACGCUUGAAAAAGGCGAUGAAGGAACUAAAAUAUUGACAGAAAUAGCUCAACAUCUUCGGAAGCUUAAUUCUUAAUAUUGACCCACUAAAUUCAAACGGAUUUUUGAAUA